AUGUCUUCUCCGACAAACUCGUCCAGAAAACGCCGAGCACCAGGAACUGUACCGACUUCGAUGCAAACGCCAUAUUUCCCACCCACCACAUCUCUAGACCAGUCCAAUUCGUGGAACGUCAACAACCUGAAUUACAUGGAGAACUCGGCCAACGCAAACCCUUACGGCGUGAUGUCGUCUCCACGGCAGGCGCAAUUUACACAGCAGGGCAUUCCCAUAGCAACGCCCUCAACAGCUCUGGCGAGGAGGGGCGUGAACAACCAGUUGGUCGCGACCAACAGGGCUUAUUCUCCGCAAGAAAAUGAAGUAUGGAGCAAUUUUGGGGACGGCAGCCUCGUCCCCCAACAGAACGGCGGCCACACGGUUGACGAACAUGACAAUGUUGAGCUAUUGGAGGAGAAGGCGCAAAAGGCAAAGAGGGACGCCCAGGCCAAGCGCAAGCAGAUUCCGCCUUUCGUGCAGAAACUUAACAGCUUUCUCGAAAGUUCCAAGAAUACCGAGUUGAUUCGCUGGUCAGAUAAAGGCGACUCUUUUGUCGUCCUCGACGAAGAUGAAUUCGCAAAGACGCUUAUUCCCGAACUCUUCAAGCACAACAACUAUGCCUCCUUUGUGCGACAAUUGAACAUGUACGGCUUCCACAAAAAGGUCGGCCUAUCAGACAAUUCCAUGAAGGCCAGCGAGCGGAAAAACAAGAGUCCCAGUGAAUACUACAAUCCCUACUUCCGGCGUGGGCACCCCAAUUUGCUUUGGCUCAUUAACAAGCCCAAGAGCGGCACUUCCAAAAAGAAAGGCAAGCGCUCUGAGGAGCCGGACGGCGACAGCGACGAUGACAUGAUCGAAGAUGCUAUGCUGGGGACGAAUUUCAACCAGCCAGCUGUCACUGCGAAUCGCGCACUACCGGCUCCAGAGUCAGGGGCUUUAUCAAGAAAAGAUCUGACCGUAGUCCGGGACCAGAUGACUGUUUUGCAAGACUCGCAGAGAGCCAUCUCUGAUGCAAUAACCAGGCUACGCCGCGAACAUGUUCAGCUCGUCACUCAAGCAAGACAAUUCCAGGAUCAACACAACAGACAUGAGCAGUCCAUCAACGCCAUCCUUUCAUUCCUGGCCAAUGUCUUCAAGGGGAAAAUCGACCCGAAUGGAGAGGCCUUUAACAUAAACGACUUGUUUAGUGGCAUGAUGUCUAGUGGCCAAAUCCCCCAAAGCCAACAAAGUGGGACGGUUGUCGACUUGGGCGAUUGGGACCAACAGCAACCAUCCAUGCAGCAGAAUUUCUCAUCGCCACCUAAGCGGCAGCAACGUCUUCUGCCGCCGAUUCCUCAAGAUCCAGCAAUCAAGCGUUCUGCCUCGGCAAGUACGACCCCGUCGUUGUUCGAUCAUAGUCAGCACCAAAUUGGCACUGUCACGGAACUAUUUGACAGUCCCAGUGACUCGGCUCCAACGCCUUCUAAUAUCAUCGAAGACCUCAACACAAAUCCUCAGGAGGGUAUGAUGAGGCUCAUGAACGAUGUGAAUUCCAACGCCAGCAAUGGCAAGAAUCCUGUUUCUGUUCCAGAUGUGAGCAACGCGCCCGCUAUGACGAACGCUCAGAGGACUAGGAUGUUAGAUCUCAUGUCAGCACAUAACAAAAAUGCCACAGCCACUCCGGUUACGUCUGGAUUCAGCGCACCGCCGCUUGAGCCUUCACUUAUUGCACCAGCCCAAGCAGAUCAACCAUCCCUCUUGCCUAUCAUUGGUCCCGCGGCACCGCCCCCAUCAAUGGCACGAAUCCAUCAGAACCAAGACGAAAUCGAACAGCUGCAACGACUACAGGAGCAGCAAAGCAAUAAACUGGACGAGCUCAGUAGUCUGCUAGGGCCCUACAGUCCUUCAGGCAGAAUCCCCGGAUUAGAAGAAAACGGGCAGUACUUUGACGACCAUAUCGAUUUCGGCCAGUAUCUGGACUCGAAUGCUUACAAUGCAGACGCUCUUCCCAACGAAUUUGAUUUUGGUACGACCCACUUUGAUAACACGAAUCUGGACAAUAUCAAUACCGACAACCUAUUUGCGGAUACAUCAAAUGGCGCCGGAAGAAUUAUGGAAACGAACACUCCUAAUCACAGAUCCCCUAGUACUACGGGGACUGAGGAAAUAUCACGAGAUGAAUUCGAAAACAGUCCCGGUCGGGCAGUCAAGAGACAACGGAAGGACUAG